GGAGGAGGAGAAGCUGCGGGGAGGCGCAGCCGCUCACCUGCGGGGCCAGGCGCGGAGGAGGGACCAGGCUGCGCGCUCUUGGGCCGUAGGAACCAGGACGUGCCCGGAGCCUAGCCAGCGGCCACGCUCCGGGUGUCCCCCUCCCGCCGGCCCGGCAAACCAGAGGGCCGCAGCAGCUCUUUGCUUUGACAGAGGGGAGGCGUGGAGAGCGGCGAGUGAGAGCGAGCGAGCCAGGCUGAGAAACUCGAGCCGGGAACAAAGACGGAUCGGGCUGUGUGUGUGUGUGUGGGUGUGCGUGUCGGCUUGAGCUCCAGGCAGAAGCAUUGGGGACCGAGGCUCCUGCUGGGACUCCCCAAGACCCCGCCGUGCCCUCCACCGACGAUCCCAGGGCUCGUUGGCACAAACUUUAUUCUUGGCAAACUUCUUCUCUUUCUCUUCCCCUCCUCCUCCGCUCCCCACCACCUCCUCCUCCUCCGGCAGAUUAAAUGCUCCUCGAGAAGGAAAACCGAAGCGAAAGGGAAGGAAAUAAGCUCUAAAACGGACAUCUCCAGCUCUUUAUUUUGCUUGCCCUUCAGGAAGUGGACUUUUCAUGAUCUUCUGAUUCUCCUUGCGCCUCUACUCUAGCAAACGGAGCCUUUCGGCCCAACUCUCCUCUCCUUUCUCGGAGAACAAACUGAAGUCAGCAUCCGAGGAAUCUACGGUGGAGAGGGUUGCACAUCGACGCGCCACAGGUCCCUCCUUGGCACUCUGGGUGUCGUGUCCCCUAUAGAACCGGCGUCCUCCGCGCACAGAUCCGGGCAACGGAGGGGACGAGGUGGCCCGCCCUGCGGGGGCAGGCUAGCCUAGCGCGCGCGGCGGAGCGGACAGACGCCCCUGAAGGCGCCAGUUGCGGCGGCCUCGCAGCCCCGCGCCCUUGGGCCUCAGGGGCGGGCGCCCGCGUGGGUCUCCGAGCAGUGGGAAAGCGCGGGCGGCCACCGGGGAUCGGGUGCCGCCGCAGCUGCUCGGGCUGCCGGCCUCACGCUCGCCCCCCUCGCUUCCGCCCGCGGUCCUCCCUCACGCACCCUUCCAACUCUCCUUUUCCCUUCUCCUCCUGCACUGAACCCCCUCUCUUUCCUGCUGUCGCCGCUGGUGCUCCCACCGCGGAGCGGAGAUUACAGAGCGGUCGGGAUGCCCCAACUCUCUGGGGGAGGCGGCGGCGGCGGGGGGGACCCGGAACUCUGUGCCACCGACGAGAUGAUUCCCUUCAAAGACGAGGGCGAUCCCCAGAAGGAGAAGAUCUUCGCCGAGAUCAGUCACCCCGAAGAGGAAGGCGACUUAGCCGACAUCAAGUCCUCCUUGGUAAACGAGUCUGAAAUCAUCCCGGCCAGCAACGGACACGAGGUGGCCAGACAAGCACAGACCUCUCAGGAGUCCUACCACGACAAGGCCAGAGAACACCCCGAUGAUGGAAAGCAUCCAGAUGGAGGCCUGUACAACAAGGGACCUUCCUACUCCAGUUAUUCUGGCUAUAUUAUGAUGCCAAACAUGAAUAACGACCCAUACAUGUCAAAUGGAUCCCUUUCUCCACCCAUCCCGAGAACAGUGAGUAACAUGCUGAUGUUGCAAAUUAUUUUUAGAAGUGCAAAUUAAUUUGUAUUUUGGCAGAAUGCAUGUUUUUUCAAGCACAUUGGAAAAGCUUUCAUUAUAUAUGACCAAUCAUUGCUAAAUAAGAGUUGGUAUAGGAAUGAUCAUCUUAAAACAGUGCUAUCUUUGAAGGCUCGCAUUUGGAAUUUUAGUUGUUGGCUUAUUGGCUAAUAUUAAUAAAUAACGGGAUCACAAGUCAUGCAAUCAAAUGAAGCUAAGUCAACAACAAAUCCAUGAUUUUAUAUGUACUAUGCUUUUUAUGCUGAGGACAGAAAAAACAAACAAACAAAAGAAAACCAUGGACUUGGUCUCUCAGUUAACUAAAGACCAGAUAGCUUCUAACACCCGUAAGCUAUCUGAACUCAGAACUGUUCAGGCUCGUGUAAAAGUGAACAUUUAAAUUGUUUCUCUGGCUUUUAAAAGUGUGUUUUAUUGUAUUAGCUAUUGUUUUUAGGAUGAAGGGAGGAUGAGCUUAUUUUUACUUCACUGUCAAUUGUUGGAGAAUUUUUGCUUGAAAAUAACUUAACGAAAGUCAUCCCUUUUUUAAUUUUGUGGUUCAGCUAACUUGUGAAGCUCUAAAAGUGCAGUGGCAUUCCAACCAGAUCAUGCAGGUGCAUAAUAUCAUGAUGAGGUUCACAUUUGUCAUUUUAUGCUGUUGCUUUUCUCUUGAGAAGUUUUUAUGUAGUGAGAAAGCAUCUUGUGCAAUAUGAAUGUGAAUGUGCUGAUGGAGAAUCUUCCCUCCAGCAGUGAGAUGGAUUUUUCCCUGAUCCAUCAAUAUAUUUACUUUCUCUCCAGCCCCACUGUCCCUCCACCACCCAGCCCCCAGUGAAGAACACAUAUGUCUGAGUCUUGGGGCUUGAGGGUCUCAGUCAGCCUCACUAACUCUUGGGUACUGAAUCUAUAAUCGAUUAAAUGGAACCUGUCAUCUCUUUCCAUUGCUUCUACAAACUGGAAAAAUAAUCAGUCACAAACAUCUGGAGAAAAGUAGUGUCAUUAAUGCCUCAGUGAACCUAAUCUGAGAGUGAGAAGGUUCACCAAAGUAGCAGAGAGGAAUGACUGGUAAAGAAUAGUAAUCAACAGGAGUGUUUGUGGUUAUCUUGAUGAUUUGUGGCCCUCAAUUAUUGAAAUGAUGGGUAUAUGAAAAUAUCUCUCUGUGUGGGAACUGUGAUCUAGAAAUUAUUGUAAUUAUUUUACCAUAAAUUUCAAAAGGAUAUUUGACCUCUCAGGUAGGGAAUGAGAAUUUUCUCAUUUUUAUAGAGCUGCUAAAAUGCAGAUCUUGGAGCUCUUGUGAUGCCUGUCACAGUUAGAAACUAUCUCAUACUUAAAAAGAUUUUUCAGGUAUUUGAUAUUUAAUAGUCUGUGUGUACAUAUGAAUCUUCUACCUAAAAAGUGAGUGAAUUAAUAAAAGCAAAUAUAGUUCGUUAUUUAGAGACUACCCUAAAUAAGUGUUCUGAAGACUUUGUUGAACUAGAUAUGCAAAUAUGUCAGAUAUUUCUUUUAUAGUUGGGUAGGGUUUUUUAAAUCGUUUUUAGAAGGGAGAGAGAAUACACUUUAGAUAAUUGGAGUUUUCUAUUGAAGGGCUUUUUAAGACAAUAAAUAAUCUUUCUAAAUCAAAUUAUAGUCUUGGUAGUAAUAAAAAGUUGCCACUGAAAUCUGAAAUGUUUUAGCGGUACGCACAGUGUUAUUUGUGGAUUUAUUCCUUGGAUCAGCUACUUUUUUCAAGCAAUAAUUUUUUGAAAAGUUAAUAGAAUUGGUGUUGGUAUUUAUAAAUAACCCCAGGAAUGUUGAAGGUAGGGCUUCCCUUCUUUUUAAAGCUAGCGUUCUGCCUUAUUUCCUACAGCCUCUUCUGAUCUCCAAUGUACCCUCAUUUUGAAAUUUUGUUAGAAUGGAAGGUAUUUAUUGUUAGUGUGUGUAUGAAAAUUUUGAGGUUAGUGAACCAGUCAUUCAUUGCUUGGGAAAGAUUUGUGGGCAGGAUAAAUGUCAGGCAGGAGUGGAGGAGAGGGGUGUGACCAGGAAACUUUGCCCUGUUAUCUGAUGCUUUGCUUUACUCUUUUACAUAUUACAAUGUAUUUAUUUUAGGCACAGUUUUCUUGAGAUAGUCUGCAGUUUGCACCAUUCCAGCUUUUCAGUUGUAACCACAAGGCUGUGUCAAUUUUUCUCUUUUUCUUUUUUUUAGGAUCCAACUGAAGUGAGUUACAAUCUUUGGUUUUUAACACCUAACAGCUGUUUUUAAUGUGCCUGAGAUCAAAAACACCUUUAACCGGAAGGCAGCCUGUCUUCUUCACCCCUAACCACACUUGUGCCUCCUUGCUCUUUAAUUCUGUCCUCAGCAGGACUGAGUGUUUGUGUCACUGACAUCCACAAUGAUAGACUUUCUUGGAGGGUGUUGGGAGCAGGAUGGAGCAGGAUGACCAUUUGUGUUUGGAUUUAGGGUGAGAGCAUCCCUGUGGCAUCCCAGUGACUUGAAUUUGCAUUACAAACACUUGUUUGUUUUUUGCAUCUGCUGCCCAAAAGUGUUUCAGGGAGAAACAACUAGGGGUGGGGAGGGACCUGAAGACCCUUCUCUGCAUAGAGUCUUCUGUUUGUAUGUGACUUAAGUCACCCUGAGAAUUCCAGCUAUGGCUGCCUGGCACACAUAGAAAUGCUUCUGCUGGAGUCUCAGUGUAACAAUUCUAUAUGAUUUGCUUGUUUUUUUUUUUUUAGACAAUACUGGCCUAUGCAUGAUCGCACAGGUUUUACCUAUGGACUAAUUACCAUAGGUAAACCUUUAUCCACCGAUCCUU